GGGCGAGACAGUGAGAGAGAUUACGGUUGGAGAAGUGAGCGGGCGUAAUCCCGUGCUGCGGACGAGGAGGGACAGGAGGACCGUAGCGGCGGCGCACGGGGGGAGCGUGGAAGAAUCUGCUUUUGGCCGCGUGCAUAUGCGUGCGCCGCUGCGGUCUGCUUCUGACACUUGCAGAGCAGAGGCGUUCGAGCCGUCGGGGGGCAACGCGAGAGAGAGAGAAGCACGAGGAGAGAAGUACCCUUUUUCCCUUUCCAUUUCCCGGCUCGUUGUUGCCGGAGGAGGAAAGAGAGAGGGCCAGAGGGUGAGGGAGAGCCGGAGAGGAAAUCUUCCACUGACUUCUCCCGUGUCGUGUUGCCUGCGUCCGCCGCUGCCUCGCUGCGACGCGUCGGCCUCUCCUCUCCUCUCCUCUCCUCACCCCGCGCGGGAGGGAGCGGGCGGGGUGGUUGCGGUUGCGGUUGCGGUUGCGGUGGUGGUUGAGGUUUAGUAGAGGGACCCGGGGCCGGCCUCGGCCAGCGGUUGGGGCCGAGUCGAGGCGAGGCGAGGCGAGGCGAGGGAGGGUGAGGCCGUGGGGAGGGGAUGGGGAACCAGGUCGGGGGGCGGCGGCGGAGGCGGCCGGCGGUGGACGAGCGCUACACGCAGCCGCAGGGGCUGUACCCGCACCCGGACAUCGACCUCAGGAAGCUCCGCCGCCUCAUCCUCGAGGCCAAGCUCGCGCCCUGCCACCCGGGCGCCGACGACGCGCGCGCCGACCUCGACGAGUGCCCCAUCUGCUUCCUGUUCUACCCCAGCCUCAACCGCUCCAAGUGCUGCGCCAAGGGGAUUUGCACGGAGUGCUUCCUCCAGAUGAAGUCGCCCACCUCGUGCAGGCCGACGCAGUGUCCGUAUUGCAAGACGCUGAAUUAUGCAGUGGAGUACCGUGGUGUGAAGACCAAGGAGGAGAAGGGCAUAGAGCAGCUUGAGGAGCAGAGGGUGAUCGAGGCGCAGAUCAGGAUGCGGCAGAAGGAGCUACAGGACGAUGCGGAGCGGAUGAAGAACAAGCAGACUGCGACGUUGGGUGACAUAGUAGCAUCCGCACAAGUUGAUUCUUGCAAUACUGAUGGUGCAUCGACAGGAGCCGCAAGCAGUCCGCAAGGCAGCGAUGCUAUCUCGUCUGAAGUGCAGCAUUCGGAGUUGAUAUUGAGGAAUUCUGAAGCCUUCAAACAGAUGCGGGGCAAUAAUUUUGAUGUGGAUCUUGAAGAAGUAAUGCUUAUGGAGGCAAUUUGGCUCUCUAUACAAGAUCAGGAAGCUUUGGGAAAUUCAGGAUGUGUUAGCACUACGCCGUCAUCAAUCCCUUCAAGGCCUUUUGAUGGUGCUAUGACAACGACACCUGAAGCAGCUUCUUCCGGUGGAUUUGCUUUUGCAGUUGCAGCUUUAGCUGAGCAGCAGCAUAUGCAUGGAGAGUCUUCUAGCGCAUCAGCUUGCCAAACACCAAGGUUUGAUAUCCUUAGCAGAUCAGACAGAUCCUCUACAGAGGAUCUGAGUGUAGUUGGGAGCAGCUCUUCAGAUUCCAGAGUUGAGGAACCAUCAAGCAGCAGUACACACCGAACAAUAGAGGGUUCAGAGUAUUCUAAUUCUAAUGGCCGGUGGUCCGAGGUUGCUGAGGCUGGAACCAGUAUUGCUGAAGCUGAUGUUAUAGUGGAGGCUGGUGUUGGCAAUUCGUCAACUUCAGUUGGGUCCAACAUUGGUUCUAGCAGUGUUCCCGAUAGCUUUGAGGAGCAGAUGAUGCUUGCCAUGGCUCUUUCUUUGGUGGAUGCCCGUUCUAGAGCAGGUUCUCCAGGGUUAGCUUGGCGAUAGCAUUUGGUGGUAGGCCCUUUCACUCCCUUUAUUUAUUCUUUUCGGGUUUUCUGCGUUUUGUUCUUAGAGUUCCUAUUACCACAUAAAACACAGGAUUAGGUGGGGAACAGGCUCAAACUUGAAGAACUGGUCGUGCUAGUUGUGAAUAGUGGGGGUAAAUCUGUACAUUUGAAGCCAGUGAUUGGCUAAUUUUACCUCUUUUCUUCUUCCGUUUCAUAGAGGGAGAAAUUUUAUUGUUUCAGUCUCAGGCAGACUUCUGCCAACACAGUUCAUAAACUGUGCCUGAUGUUGCAAACAUUUGUGUAAAUACAGAAUCUCACUCACGUUUUUCAUGUUCCAGUU